GUCGACGGCGCCGGGGCCGAGGAGAGUCGGCGGCGCAGGCCCGGCGCGGAGCCGCGGUGUCGCAGUGACUGGGGCCGCGGCGGCCGAGCCCAGGCGCCGGGCGAGGCCUGAGCCGCCGAGUCGUGGCUGGGCGGAAUGGCGGCUGGGCCGGGGUACUCGUGGGCGGAGGGCGCCGGGGGCGGGAGGGGAGCGCGCGGCCCGGCCCUGAGUCACCCCGGCCGGUUCGGGCCUGGCCGGGCCGCGGCCCCGGUCGCGGGCACGGGGCGGCCAGGCCCGGACUACGCACUGGGAAAAAGCCCGAUUCAUGGCGCCCGCCCCUUUCCCAGCGCAACCGGGCUCGGACCGCGGAGCCGGGCCGGCGGGCGGCCUCGGGUGGCCGGGCGUGCGAACCUCGCCUCUCCUCGGGCGGCGACCCCCGCGGGGCGCCCGGACCCGUGCCCUCUCUCCCUCGCCCCCUCGGGAUCACUUCUCCCCCGAGCGUCGCUUGCCCCGGACUCGUUCUCUCAAGUAAAGUACUGGGCUCGCGCGCUGAAGGAGCCGCGGAGCCGGGCUCUCUGCUUUCCGGUUUCCUGCCCGCGGCUCCCGGGUUCCUCGCCCGCAUUGUUGCGACUGUGCGGGGCGCUAUUACUGGGUAAUAGUCGCCCCUUUGCCCUGUUCUCUUGGGGGAGCGGGCCGGGGAGGCGCGCAGGGAUGCCAGUGCGGCGGCCGGACGGGGCCCCCCGGCGCCGGCCGAGCGCCCGCGAGUCGGGCCCGGCCUGCUCCGCCGCCUUGGCGCGCCCCCGGUCCCGCGCCCGGCGGGAGCGCGCGCUGACCCCGCAGGUAACCAGGGCGACGGCCGCCGCCCGCGUGCAGGGGUCGCCCCGCGCACCCCUGCCUCCGCCCGGGUGUGCUGUAGGCCAAGUGCUGGUUCGGGGAGAAACGAUUGGUGAGCAUUUCUUGAGACUAAUCCUCCAAAGUUCGGGGUUUUCUCCCUUUAACGAGCUCUCUGCCAAAAAUAGGAUCCUCUUUUCCGAUUGGAUCCCUGUUGUUGCUCAUAGUUCGCAGUUGGGGUUAGUGGUGAGGGUGCAAAUGGGGAAUUGCAGUUAACUCAGGUAUUUAUUUGCUCUGUGUAAUUGCCCUUCCCCGUAGGGGCAUUAAAACAGUCCAAGUUAGGAGUGGAGUAGUCUCUCAGUUUUGGAAAUGCACUCGUCGGAGUCACAGAAGGGAACUAAAUUCACUUUACGGCCCCAGCUUCUAGGACCUCGGCAUAUCUUAACACGCUGCAAAAGCGUGUGCAGUUGUAAGGUUAACACUUCAUUUUGUGGCCACUCUAUCUACCCAAUUUUCCGAAAUCCUGGAGCGUUUGUGGGUUGUGUAGCAAAAUGGGGAAUGUUGUUUAAAAAGCAGCAAUAUUUCGUCUAAAAAAAAUUGGAUAUGACGUUUUCUUGAUCUAAGUGUUCUUGGAUAUUAGAAAAAAACUUACUUCAACGUUCUAUUUGUUGCUUUCCAUGGGCAUCGCAUUUCAAAUUCCGAAGCAUGCGAACAGACUGGCUUGCUUUAACUCUAUUAUGCCCGUUUUUGGAGGUUUCGAGACAGAGUGCUUAUUAAGCUGGAGAGGGGUGGCUGAAAUACUGUCUAAAAAUAUUUAACUUUUUUUGUCAUUGGAGUCAUCUUUUAAAAACUUACGUUACAAAAAUCCCCACAAAAACCAAAAAACACCUUUAGCUGUAGUAGUAGGGUUUCUCACCGAUUUGUAGUAUCCUCUGUGUCUUAGGGCCACCGGCUCAGGUCCUUGCUGGUACACCCCCUUUUUUUACCGCCCACCACCUCGGGGAACUAACAGCCCAGUGAAUGCCUGGGCUGAUUCUGCAGUUUGCUUAGAUAUUACCGCCCGGUCGACUCCUUUGCCUGUUGCUGAAUAUUACCUUGUAGAGAUAAUUAACUUAGUCUGGGUUGCCAGUGCAGCCUUACUUCCCAUACUUUUCUGACUGAAUUGCUUGAAGGCAGGAGAUACUUCUUCUGUAUUUUUGCAUCCCCAAAGUAAAUAGCAUAGAACUUUGUCAUGGGUACCUCAGUUGUUUUUUGAGUGAAUAAAUUUGGAAUAAUUCUAUCUUACACCGAGUGUUUGACCACCUCCGAUUUUGGCUACAGAAGCAGUCACUGCACUUCCAUUGCGUAAGAAAGCAAGCUUAAUUAUAAUUGUUAUUACAGCACCCCAGAAACUAACACAGUGCCCCGACAGAAAAACUGCGCAGGUUUUCUUCAGCUAUGGCAAUCCAGGAAAGUGCCAAGAAAACAAGUUGUGAACCUUUAAUUUGCUUUUUUUGUUGUUUCAAAGCUAGUUUUAGGGUAGAUUUCUAAAAUCUGUGUGUGUGUUUUUAAACAAGAUUGAGGUCUUUCCCCUCAGGUUAAAUGUUUCAGCCUUACCUUUGAAGUGAAAUCGUUUGGUGAGUUAAGGCUCUUCCCUGUUGGAGAGAUGAUGCAAAUGCAGUGGUGGUAAUAGAGCCCGAGUGACCUUUCUCACAGGAGAGACCUUUCUUGGGUCCUUGAGGGCCUUUUAUCAGAAGUUCACACCCAGUUUUCCCAGCAGGCAUAGUAUGCCUUUCUUUCAGCAAGGAAAGGUCAAAGGAAUGUGGUUUAGAUUGAGGAGUAGUUACUUGCCAUCCUUCAAGUUGAAAAUUAGGGCCCCCCAAAACACAGGAGCGUGUUUGUGUUUUAUUCCUCGCUGUUUCAGCCCUGCAUAGGUUCCAAGGCCAUGGGCUUUCUACCUCAGCAGUUGAGUCUGGAAUAAGAUGUCUUUUGGGGACCAUUGGCUGAAUUUUGGGCUUGUCUUUCAGGUAUAGAAGAUGUUGCUUGGGAGAGAAGACAUGGGAUCUGGUUUGAACUUAACUUUGCUGAGCCUCUAUUUCCUCAUUUAUAAAGUGAGAUGGUUUUCAGUUGACUCUUAAGUUUUCUUCAGGCCCUCAAAGUCUGGGUUCUGUGCGAAUGCCAUAGCUUCUAACGUUAACAACAUUUGAGGAACCAUCCUGUAAAGCGUAAUCUUAUUCGUGUUUGAGAGGCAGGGUUGUGAAGCCUAGGCUUGUUGGUCAUUUAAAUGUUUUCCCUUGGGACUCUGGGAUCAAGUGAGCAGAGUCUCCUGGCAGCUUCCCCAUCACUGCAGCGCCUGUUCCCAGAAUUGGCUUUGCUGCCCUUUCCUCAUGCUCUCCCGCGGUCUCGAGUAUUGUGUCCCCUUCCUGUCGCCCGACAGACUCCUGCUGCUUUGGAAAGGCUCCUCUCAGGUCCUGAUGCUCCAUCCGGGGUGGGAGCCUUCCCUGCGGUCCCGUGAGGCCCCACCCGGGUCACUGUCCUAGCAGUUAACCCUGGACUAGACUCGUGGUUCCUUUGGAAUAGACAGACCUCCUGUAGGGCCGAGACCUUGUGACGGGCAGGUGUCCCUGUGCCGUUGCGCUACCUGCUGCAACUCAUGAAACUCACACUUUGUUCACGAUCAUCGACCCACUUAAAAUCUUGAUCGGGCCCCGCAGAGUGUGGUGCUGUUGUUCAGUCCUCUGACGGCGUCGAGGAAGCGGCUGAGGCUUUGGGUGGUUAAGAUCAGGCCUCGUGAGUGGUGAGGCCUGGGUUAAAACAUGACAGGGAGACUCCAGGGCUCCAGCUUUUAACGGGAUGCUCCCAAAGUGUCUAAUUUAUAUGAAGGUGGAAGAGGAGAAGAGAGCAAAGUUGAAAUGCUUUCAAGAUUGGUAUCUUAUCAUUGAUAAUUAGGACCGAAUUCAUUAUGCAGAACUGGGUUGCCUACCAAGAAUGAGCUUAUUCUUCUCGGUCUUUUAGUAACUGGGGGACAUUGAAGGGGAGUAAUUGGGCACUGAUGGGAUAGAAAGGAGCAGUUCUGGAACUUCGGGACUAUUGUUAAGUUGGUGUGAUGUGACUCACUGGCCUUAAAUUUAUGAAACCAUUUAAGACUGUUCAUAUCUAACAAGCUACGAUUUUUAAAAAAGGCCUAUGUCAGAAAAUACUUUGGAAAACAGAUUGUAUGAAAUGUGUGCUUAAAAUGUGUAUGUACUAGUGAAAAUAUUUAUAAAGUAGUAAAGAUGGUUGUAAUUUUAGGAUGAUGAACUUGUGUGUUUUUAAAAUAUCCCCCCCACCCAAGUUUUUAUCUUUUUAAUAAAUUUAUUUAUUUAUUUAUGGCUGCGUUGGGUCUUCAUUGCG